AUGGGCAGAGGAGGGGAGAGCAGAUUGAAGGAAAAAGAGGUGGGUGAGCAGCGGAAGAGAGAAAGGAAGGAGGAGAGGAGCUUUAUCCAAACGGUGUUGAGGAGUCGGAAGUUUCAACGCUACUCUUUGCCUCACGCACAAAGCCAAGACAGAUUACCCAAAACACAUACGCAAAGGAAUAAGAUGUUGCUCCCAGCAAGCAUUCUGAUUGGCCUGCUGUGCCUGAGCCAUGGGGGCGCCGUGAUGGGUUUCGCUCGGCUGCUGGACAAUACUGAACUCCGGUCGGCUUUCUCAGUCGCACGAACCAGCAGCAUGGAAGGUGGACCCAAGAUGACGGUGACCUUUGACGCAGUCUACGUCAACAUUGGUGGAGAUUUUGAGCCAAAGACUGGCUUGUUUCGCUGCCGCAUUCCUGGGGCCUACUACUUCUCCUUUACAGUGGGAAAAUUUCCCCAUAAAGACUUGUCUGUGAUGCUGAUGAAAAAUAGAAAUGAGGUGCAAGCUAUAGUGUAUGAAGAGAAUGCCGGGGAGGAGAGGAAGGUUCAGAGCCAAAGUGUCAUGCUGCAGCUGGAGUUUGGUGACACCGUUUGGCUCCGUCUCCAUGGCGAUUCUCGCUAUGCCCUCUAUAGCAACACUGGACACUACACCACUUUCAAUGGUUACCUAGUCUACCCUGACACUUAUGACUACCAGACACACCGGCCGCAGCAGCAACAUCCUGCGUCUGACUCCCAGCAGUUUAAACAUGACGACGCACCGUUAUGGAAUAGUAACUGGGCCACAGGGGACGCUGGGUCUGAGAUGAAGAACACAGUGGGCGAUAAGGGGCUGCAUCAGGAAGAUGAUGAAGAGGAGGACGAGGAAGAGGAAGAUCCACGUUCUGCUUUCUCGGUGGGUCGCACUCAGAGUAUCAUAGGAGUGAAUCAGGUAGGUCUGCCACAGCACCAGCCGGUCAGCUUUGACACGUCAUUCGUCAACAUUGGGGAGGACUUCAAUGUUACAGAGGGGAUUUUCCUCUGUCGCAUUCCUGGCGCCUACUAUUUCUCCUUCAAUGUGGGCAAACUUCCUCAGAAGACUCUAUCUGUCAAGUUGAUGAAAAACCACCUGGAAGUGCAAGCGAUGAUUUAUGAUGACAGCAACGGGGAAAAAGCUCUGCAGAGUCAGAGCUUGAUGCUCUCACUGAAAACCGGUGACACAGUGUGGCUCUACUCACACCAGAGGGAUGGCUUCGGAGCUUACAGCAACCACGCAAAAUAUAUCACCUUCACUGGCUUCCUGGUCUACCCUGACUUGACCCCCACAACUGACAUUAACGCUACCAGUGAGUCACAGGGAUUGAAGAAGCCCUAG